AUGAGAGGUGAAUUGUCUCGUUGUAUACGUGCAAUUGCGGCGCGCAGCUGCCCAAAAUUUCUUUCUCUGCAUUCUGGUGUGGGUACCUCGCCUGCUGGUGGAAUAGCAUCACUUGUUUGCUCACAAGAGGGGGAAGACAUGAUGUCUUUUGGUCUCUCAUGUGCACAUCGCUUCUUCUUUUGCCAAAAGAGGGGACGUGGCGCUGCUGUUGCUUCCACUUCAAUUGUGGGUGUUCGCCGUUGGUUCUGCGGCCAAAUGCCGAGUCUGGCGGUUGGUGCUGUGGGUUGUGCUGCGCUCCGUCUGCAGUGCUGUUGCUCGCACAUUAGCUCCUUCAAGCAGGAGGGAUAUUACCGCUUUGCACAGCUGCGCGACAUACAAAUAGAUGCAAACUGCUACAGUUUUCUCAUGGUGCGUGGCGGUGGGCCUGGGGGUCAGGGGGCAAACAGCAGCAGCAACAAGGUGGAGCUGCGUGCCAGCAUCGUUGCCCUUAGUGAACAAUUUGACGGGGAGCUCAUUCAAAGACUGAAGGAAAACGAGCGUGGCAAGGCGCUUACCGCGGACGAAGCGCUGAUCGUCAUUUCAAGCCAUGACUACCGCAGUGCGCAUCAGAACAAGGAGGUCUGUCUGCGGCGUCUGCGGGAAAUGAUUCAAAGAGCCUCAUGGGUGCCGCCGUUGGAGAAGAAACCCAUCGAGCGCCCCACAACGAUCAUAACGGCGCAGAAGGCGGAGCGGCGAAAGAAGGGCUCGAUGAGGAAGAUGCAACGAACAGCACGUAAGGGCCUCUGGUGA